GGAGGGUUUCAGGAAGAACCCUGAGUGCUACGUGUCCAGUUUAUCCUGACUUCCACUAACUUCACUUUCUUUUAUUCUGUGUUAGUCCCUAAAGGGUCACAUUUUUUAGAAAGCUCUGACCAGCGUGUUCGCGUUGUGACAUCAUGUCUGGGUUGAAAAAACAGAGAACGGACAUGCAGAGAGCAACCAAUGUUGUUUAUCAGGCUCACCAUGUGAGUAGAAGCAAGCGUGGCCAAGUGGUUGGGACCCGAGCUGGAUUUCGUGGAUGUACUGUUUGGCUGACAGGGUUGUCUGGUGCUGGAAAGACUACGAUUGGAUUUGCUUUGGAGGAAUAUCUAGUUUCCCAUGCCAUUCCUUGCUACUCGCUCGACGGUGACAACAUUCGACAUGGCUUGAAUAAGAACUUGGGCUUCACAGCCACAGACAGAGAAGAGAACAUUCGACGUAUUGCUGAGGUCGCCAAACUGUUUGCGGAUGCCGGACUGGUUUGCAUCACUAGUUUCAUUUCUCCAUUUACAAAGGAUCGAAACGAUGCCAGGAAGAUUCAUGAGACUGCGGGUCUGCCAUUCUUUGAGGUGUUUAUAAAUGCCUCACUGGAGGUGUGUGAGAGCAGAGAUGUCAAAGGACUUUAUAAAAAGGCCCGUGCUGGAGAGAUUAAAGGUUUUACAGGAAUAGACUCUGACUAUGAGAAACCUGAAGCCCCUGAGCUUGUGUUGAAGACUGGAGAGCUCACUGUCAAUGACUGCAUUCUUCAGCUAGUGGAUCUCUUGAAGGAACAGGAUAUUGUUCCCACUGGUGUGACAGAGGAAGUGAAUGAGCUCUUUGUUCCUGAAAACAAGCUGGACCUGGUGCUGAGUGAUGCCAAUAUACUCCCCACUGUAACCAUCACGGAGCUGGAUUUGCAGUGGGUGCAGGUUCUGGCUGAGGGGUGGGCGACUCCACUGAGGGGAUUCAUGAGGGAGAGAGAAUUCCUGCAAGUCUUGCACUUUGGAACUUUGCUUGAUGGUGGGAUCAUCAACUUGUCUGUUCCCAUUGUGCUGCCUGUAUCCAAGGACGACAAGGAGAGGCUGGACGGUUACACUGCUUUUGCCCUGGAGUUCAAAGGUCAAAAAGUGGCAAUCAUGCGCAACCCUGAGUUUUAUGAGCAUCGUAAGGAAGAGAGAUGUGCAAGGCAGUGGGGGACAACAUGCCCGCAACAUCCGUACAUUAAGAUGGUAAUGGAGAGUGGUGAUUGGCUGGCUGGUGGAGACCUGGAGGUGUUUGAGAGACUUAGGUGGAAUGACGGUCUUGACCAGUACCGUCUCACUCCACGUGAACUAAGACAGAAAUUUAAAGAAAUGAGAGCAGAUGCCAUUUUUGCAUUCCAGCUGCGUAAUCCUGUGCACAAUGGCCAUGCGCUCCUGAUGCAGGACACUAAGCGCCGUCUGCUCGAGCGAGGCUACAAGAAGCCCGUGCUGCUUCUGCACCCUCUGGGUGGCUGGACAAAAGAGGACGACGUCCCGCUGGACUGGCGCAUGAGACAGCAUGCUGCUGUGCUAGAGGAAGGAGUCCUGGAUCCAGAAAACACAAUUGUGGCCAUUUUCCCCUCACCCAUGAUGUAUGCUGGGCCUACAGAGGUACAGUGGCAUUGUCGGGCCAGGAUGAUCGCGGGUGCCAACUUUUACAUUGUAGGGCGAGAUCCAGCAGGUAUGCCCCACCCGGAGACAAAGAAGGACCUGUAUGAGCCCACACAUGGUGGGAAAGUGCUGACCAUGGCACCAGGCCUCACCUCUCUUGAGAUUAUUCCCUUCAGAGUUGCUGCAUACAACAGAGUUAAGAAGGCCAUGGACUUCUAUGACAAGGAAAGACAUGGUGAAUUUGAGUUCAUCUCAGGGACCAAAAUGAGGAGCCUUGCCCGCAGCGGAGAGAACCCCCCUGAUGGUUUCAUGGCCCCCAAAGCGUGGAAAGUCCUAGUUGAAUACUAUAGUUCUCUGCAGAAGGACCAGUGAACACAAGACAUACAGUCAAGUUUAUAGAAAGGUGCAUUAUAUACUACAAUCC